UCAUAAGGCUGCGCUGCACUCCGGUGAUUCGAUUGAAGAAAGAAAAACUGGUGAAGCAGCUGAGAUCCACGUAACAAGAAAGAUGACUUUCAUUAAAGUGGAGAGUGAAGACAUGAAGAUUGAAGAAGUAUUUAGCAUGAAACAAGAAGAUACUGACGACCAAACAAAGAUGCCGUUUAUUAAAGAGGAGAGUGAAGACAUGAAGGUUGAUGAAACAUUCAGAGUCAAACAUGAAGAUACUGAGGAACAAACAGACCUAAUGGCACUGAAAGAGGAUAAAGAAGUACUCAAUGAAACUGAAAAAGAAGAUCAAUAUGAGAAUCUUCAAAAGACAGGAACUAGAAGUUUCGCUCAACAGGACACCCCUAAAGAUCAAACUGGGGAGAGAUUCUCUCAUAAAGUAAGUCUUGAGAGGCACAUAAAGAUUCACACUGGAGAAAAGCCUUUCAUAUGCGUUCAGUGUGGAAAAUGUUUCACUCUAAAAGAAAACUUCAACAGGCACGUGAGAUCUCACAGUGAAGAGAAGCCUUACAUAUGCCAACAGUGUGGUGUGAGUUUUGCUCAACAUGGACACCUUGAAAUCCACAUGAAGUUUCAUACUGGCGAGAGCCCUUUUACUUGCCAACAUUGUGGAAAAUGUUUCGCUUGUAAAUCCAUUCUUGAGAGACACUUAAUAAUUCACACUGGAGAAAAGCGGUUUGCAUGCCCUCAGUGCGGAAAAUGUUUCAAUCAACGAGGAAACCUCAAAGCCCACAUUAGAACACACAGUAGAAAGAGUGCCUUCAUCUGCCAACAGUGUGGAAAGAGUUUCACUCAUAUAGGGAGUCUUAACGGGCACAUGAGGACUCACACUGGAGAAACACCUUUCUCGUGCCAACAGUGUGGAGACAGUUUUGCUCACAAUGGAAACCUUAAACUCCACAUGAGAAUCCACACUGGAGAAAAGCCUUACAGUGUGUAAUAAGUUAAACUCAAAACCUCAACAGACACAUGAGAAUUCACACUGGAGAGAGCUCGGUUAACUGCGUACAGUGUAGAAAUGUUUCAGCACUUCUACAUUUAAAACUCCAGCAUACAUAAUGUUAUUGACCUGAACUGAUUUAAACUAAAGAAUGACAAUAUUGGCUAUUUGUAGUGGUUUUACAAUAUAAUCUAAGGCUGCAUUUAAACUGCAGGUCUUGAUGUCCAAAUCCGAUUUU